CGGCAGCGGCAGAAGCACAGUUCAGUUCAGCGCAGGCGGCAGCAAGCGGCAGGCUCCCUCGCGUUUACCUUUAUUUCGUUUUCUAAAUAGUCCCUUUUCAGCUUCGCGAUACCGCCCCCAAUUUCAGCGUCGGUACGGAGCCGUCAGGCCGGGACAGAGACGGAGAGAGAGGCCUCGGCCAUGGAAGCCCUCGGACCUGGGCCGCCCGCCCCGACCUCUCUGUUCCAGCCUCCUCGACGUCCCGGCCUGGGCACGGUGGGAAAACCCAUCCGGCUCCUUGCAAACCACUUCCAGGUCCAGAUCCCAAAGAUCGACGUGUACCACUAUGACAUUGACAUCAAACCUGAGAAGCGCCCGAGGAGGGUCAAACAGGUGGUGGACACGAUGGUGCGUCAUUUUAAGAUGCAGAUCUUUGGGGAUCGACAGCCAGGAUACGACGGGAAGAGGAACAUGUACACAGCCCACCCUCUGCCCAUCGGACGAGACCGGGUCGACUUGGAGGUGACCCUUCCUGGAGAGGGAAAGGACCAGACGUUUAAAGUGUCCCUGCAGUGGGUGUCUGUAGUUUCGCUGCAGAUGCUGUUGGAAGCGCUGUCAGGUCAUUUGAACGAGGUCCCAGAGGAUUCGGUUCAGGCUCUGGAUGUGAUCACGCGGCACCUUCCUUCUAUGAGAUACACUCCUGUGGGCCGGUCAUUCUUCUCUCCCCCCGAAGGAUACUACCAUCCACUAGGGGGCGGAAGAGAGGUGUGGUUCGGCUUCCAUCAGUCCGUCCGUCCAGCAAUGUGGAAUAUGAUGCUCAACAUUGAUGUUUCAGCCACUGCGUUUUACAGAGCUCAGCCAGUCAUCGAGUUCAUGUGUGAAGUAUUGGACAUCCAGAACAUAAACGAACAGACCAAACCACUCACAGACUCCCAGCGUGUCAAGUUCACAAAAGAAAUCCGAGGUGAGCCCGCCAAAAAACACAAAAUAAUGCAAAGUAUUUUUGUCAAAGAGCCAAGACAAGAAACAAGAGACUGUUAUAAUACAGUCACAUUAUAA